AUGUCAGACCUACGAGCGAGCUCUUAUCUCGUGCGCUUCACCAGGCUUGCCGGAACGAGCCAGAAGGAGGUCUGGGGUAGUGGUGGAGGCUUUUUUUCCAACGGAACGGAUAAAACAGCAGGCGGUGGCAGAGGAUUUCUUCAGGGAGGGGUGGGGGGGAAAGGUAAGAGCGGUUCUAAAGACAACGGUGGAUUUGGGGGAGGAGGAGGAGCUUAUGGUGGAGGGGGUGGAGGUGGUUAUUCCGGUGGAGGAGCCGGAGCCUGCAAAAAUGAUUCCUGUGGGGGAGGGGGUGGCUCUUUCAACGCGGGAAGGGAUCAGAAGAACGAGUGUUGUUAUCAAGUUGCUGGACAUGGUCAGGUUGUGAUAACAUUACUGUGA